AUGGACAGACAGCGAGGCCAUAAUGUGCGCAGAAGGGGAGGCAGAAUUGGUGGUAGGGGGGAAAGCACCCGUCCCUUAGAGGAAGUUUAUUUGAGUGAUGCAGAGUCUUCUUUUGAUGUACAACCUACUCCGCCUGUUGUGGAGGUAGUGGAUGCCAUUCGCUUAGCCAAACUAGUUAAGGAGAUCAAACAGUUAGGUGCAACCCCAUUUCAAGGGGGAGUUGAUCAUUGGGCUACUGAUCAGUGGCUUGAGAAUAUGAUGAGCUGUUUUGAGAUGGUGAUUUGCACCGAAACUGAGAAGUGGAAGAUUGCUGCUUAUCUUCUUCAGGGUGAUGCCAGGAUAUGGUGGGUUGGUCAGCGGAAUACUGUGAAUAUGGCUACUCUGACUUGGGAUGGUUUUGUGGAACUAUUCCAGGACAUGUACUUCCCUGAUGCAGUGAGGGAUCAGAUCGAGUUAGAUUUCAUUGCUCUAGAGCAAGGGACUAUGACUGUGAGAGAGUACGAAACACGGUUCACCCAAUUAUACAGGUUUGUUCCCCAGUUGGAUGCCCAAGCCUUGGCUAAGAAGUUCCUAAAGGGACUAAAUGACAGGAUUAGGGAGAUAGUGUAUCCUCUUCGGUUAGCCACCAAGGAAGAGAUCUUUGCUAGUGCCAUGGCCCAUGAACAGGCAACCAGCAUGCGUGUAAGUGAACGAGGGGCUGCGAAAGAAUCCUUGGGAAAGGGGAAGGCAAUUGUGGGAAGUAGUGGUUCCAUGGAUCAUGGAGGUGGGUCGUGGAAGCGACGACAGACUCAUUUCUAUCCACAGGCUCCAGCUAGGAUAACCUAUCAACACCAGGCCCCAGUUAGGGCAGCAGCAGCUCCUCCUAUUCGGGCUGCACCUACAGCACCUAUAAGAUGUUUUAACUGCAAGGAGUUGGGCCAUCCUGCCAAGACGUGCACGAAACCCAAGGUUGUGGGAUGCUUCCGAUGUGGACAGACUGGACACUAUGCCAGGGACUGUACUCGACCACAGGGUGGAGGACAGGAUAACGAGCAUAGACUCUUACCUCCAGCUAGAGUCUUCGCCAUUGGUCAGGGAGGCACUAGGGUGGAAGGUACCUUAUCUAUUUAUAACUAUCUUGCAAGAGUAUUGUUUGAUACGGGAGCCUCCCAUUCCUUUGUAUCUAGUUCCGUAGUAGAUGUGUUGGGUUUGAUUGCCAUGCCUCUUACUAGAUCCUUAUGUGUUACAUCACCUCUCGGUGUAUCUCUUGAGCUGGAUAUGUUUUGUGAUGAUUGCCCUAUUGGGAUAGGUGGUAGAGAGUUCUCUGCAUCGUUGAUUGUGAUACCAGAUCACACAUAUGAUGUGAUUUUAGGUAUGGAUUGGUUGAUCCUGAACCAUGCAUUGAUUGAUUGCUUUAGGAUGAUUGUGUCCUUUCGUAUUCCAGGACAACCAGUGUUUCAUUACCAUUGUCUGAGGUCCGACAUCGCCAUAAGGACAUGGAUUUUGGCUCAUAUUGAGUCAGGGAGUAGUAUUUCUGAGAUUUCAGGAAUUCCUGUAGUUUCAGAGUAUGCUUAUGUGUUUAAGGAGAUACCAGGGUUGCCUCCAAAAAGGGUAAUGGACUUCUCCAUUGAUGUGAUACCAGGUACUGCCCCUGUAUCGAAAACACCCUAUCAGAUAGCUCCAGCUGAACUUCAGGAGUUGAAAGUUCAGAUUGAUGGAUUACUGGCUCAAGGGUUCAUACAGGCUAGUGUAUCUCCUUGGGGUGCACCAGUGCUGUUUGUGAAGAAGAAGGAUAAUUCACUUCGAUUAUGUGUGGAUUAUCAGCAGCUGAACAAGGUGACCAUCAAGAACAGGUAUCCUUUACCUAGGAUCGAUGACUUGUUCGACCAGCUUAGAAAGGCUACUGUGUUCUCAAAGAUUGAUUUGAGAUCUGGAUAUCACCAGUUGAGGGUGAAGGAUAAGGAUAUCCCAAAAACAGCAUUUAGGACCAGGUAUGGGCAUUAUGAGUUCCUUGUCAUGCCUUUUGGUUUAACUAAUGCACCUACGGCAUGCAUGGACUUAAUGAACCGUACGUUCAGUCCUUACUUGGAUCAGUUUAUAGUGGUCUUCGUUGAUGAUAUCUUGAUUUAUUCAAAGUCGUCUGACGAACAUGAGAAGCAUUUGCGGAUUGUACUGCAAACAUUAAGAGAGAAGGAAUUAUAUGCCAAGUUCGAGAAGUGCGAGUUUUGGCAGAAGGAGGUCAAGUUUCUCGGUCAUGUAGUUUCGAAGGAUGGAGUUUUGAUGAAUCCUUCGAAGGUUGAAGAGGUGAUGAGUUGCAGUCGCCCUACCACUGUUACUGAAAUCCGUAGCUUCCUUGGAUUGGCAGGAUAUUACAGGCGUUUCAUUGAGGGGUUUUCUGGCUUUCAACGAGCUGAAGACCAGGUUGACUACAGCACCAGUGUUGCUAUUCCUACUAGCGGUGGUGGAUUAGUUAUCUACAGUGAUGCAUCUCAUCAGGGUUUGGGGUGUGUGUUGAUGCAGAAUGGUGGUGUUGUUGCUUAUGGCUCUAGACAACUGAAGGUUCAUGAGCGAAAUUACCCCACUCAUGAUUUAGAGCUAGCUGCAGUGGUGUUUGCCUUGAAGAUUUGGAGACACUAUCUGUAUGGUGAGAAGUUCGAACUCUUUUCUGAUCAUAAGAGUCUGAAGUAUCUAUUCUCCCAAAGGGAGUUGAACAUGAGGCAGAGGAGAUGGAUGGACCUCAUCAAAGACUAUGAUUUCACUUUGGAGUAUCAUCCAGGAAAGGCCAACGUAGUGGCAGAUGCUUUGAGUAGGAAGCCCCGAGUAAUCAUGGCAUCACUCAUGGUGCAGGAGUGGCUCAUGUUGGAAGCUGCAUCUGAGUUUGAUCUUAUACCCGCAAGAGUUGGACAUGAAAUGUUUCUCAGAAGUAUCACCUUACAAUCCACCUUGAAUUCUAGGAUCAUUCAGGGUCAGACACUUGAUAAGUUUGCUCAGGUGAGGAUUGCUGAGAUGAAUGUUGAUCCGAAUGUGGAAGGCCCUUCUGAGUGGGCUAUUGGGACAGAUGGAGGGUUGAGAUUUCGUGGAAGAUUGUAUGUCCCAAGUGUUGAUAACCUCAAGGAGGAGAUCAUGCGAAAAGCACAUAGAUCUAGAUACACUGUACAUCCAGGGGGUACCAAAAUGUAUAUGGAUCUAUGA